UCUCUCUCUCUCUCUCUCGCUCGCUCAUGGCUUCUACCUCUCCUCACUCUGCUGCUGGACUGGACUGACAGAAAUGUGGAGAAUCCUGCUCUCUCUGCUCCUCUGGCUCCGGCCCGCCUCAGCUGAAGAAGUAAUGCUGCUGGACACGACCGAGUCCACCUCAGAACUUGGCUGGACAACAUAUCCUGACAACGGGUGGGAUGAAGUGAGCGUGCUGGACGAUAAGGGGAAACUAAUCAGGACCUUCGAAGUCUGUAACGUCAAUCAGAACAAUCGGGCCCAAGACAACUGGUUGGCCACGCCCUUCCUGUUCCGACAGGACGCCCCGCGGGUCUUCGUGACGAUGCGUUUUUCGGUCCGGGACUGCUCCAGCCUGCGCUCGCCCUCGCCCACCUGCCGCGAGACGCUGACGCUCUACUACAAGCAGGCCGACUCCCAGAGAGAGCUGGAGAGAACCUGGGCUGCCGAGCCUUCCACUGGUGAAUCCAGAGAGGGAUGGGUGAAAGUAGACACCAUCGCAGCAGACAAGAGCUUCAGCCGGGUGGAGCCCAGCCUUCCUCACCAGUACAAACCGGACCGAAUGCGUCGCAUCAACGUCAAAACCCGCAGCUUUGCCCCACUGACACGCCGCGGGUUUGUCUUAGCUAUAGUAGACAGUGGUGCAUGUGUGUCCCUCAUGGGAGUGUCCAUAUUUUACCGCCGUUGUCCAGCCACCAGUCGUUUCCUAGCCUCCUACCCAGCCACUCCCUCAGGGGCGGAGCCUACAUCCCUGGUGCCAGUGGCCGGGACCUGCGUCCCUCACAGUCAGGCCCAGGGCGGGUCGGGUCCCAGGAUGCACUGUAACACAGAGGGUGAAUGGAUGGUGCCUGUUGGAGGGUGCACGUGCGACGCUGGAUACGAGCCAAAUCAGAACAGCUCCGCCUGUCUGCCCUGUCAGGUGGGCUUCUAUAAGGCCUUUGCAGGUGCGGUCCCCUGCUCCGAGUGUCCUGCGAAUAGCAGAACCGGCCUGGAAGCUUCGAAAGUGUGCGAGUGCCGCAGCGGCUCCUACAGAGCUCCCAGCGAUGCUAACAACACCGCCUGCACAGGCCCCCCCUCUGCCCCCGUGUCUCUGUCCUGGGAGUAUGAGAGCACGGAGGGGGGCGUGUCUGUGCGCUGGAAGCCGCCGUUGGAAAUGGGUGGGCGGAGUGAGGUGUGGUACAAUGUGGUGUGUCGAAUCUGCCCCUCUGCCACUAACACCCCCCCCAGCGCCUGCUCCUGGUGCGGCGAGACCGUCACGUACACGCCCUCCCAGACCGGCCUGAGGCAGAACAAGAUCACCCUCAACAACCUGCUCACCAGAGUCACCUACCUCAUACAGGUUCAAGCAAUGAAUGACGUUUCUGCCCUCAGUCCCUUCCCACCGCAGUCUGCGAGCAUCAACUUCACCACCAGCCAAUCAGUGCCGUCCGAGGUUCCGAUGCUGCACCAGCUGAGCAAAGCUCCAGACUCCAUCACCCUGUCCUGGCCUCAGCCUGACCGGCCGAAUGGAGACAUCCUGGAGUACCAGCUCCGAUACUACGACAAGGGUUCUGAUGAGAACAGUGCGAUGAGUGUGUUCAGCGAGACCAACACCAUGACGGUGCCCGCUCUCAUCCCGGGCUCCAUCUAUGCCUUCCAGAUCCGCGCCCGCAACGAGCGGGGCUUCGGCCCGUACAGCCACACCAUCUACUUCAGCACUCUGGCUAUGGAGGAGCAGUCCAGGCGAAUUCAGAACCGCCUCCCCCUGCUGGUGGGAUCUGUGAUGGGAGGAGCUGCAUUUCUGUUAGUGGUGGUCGCCAUUGUCAUCGUCUUUGUCUUCAGGAGCAAAAGAAGAGAAAGUCAUUACAGUGACAGACUUCAGAGAUAUAUUACCAACAGAGCUGGAGUGAAGUAUUACGUGGACCCCUCCACCUACGAGGACCCGAGCGAGGCUGUCAAAGAGUUCGCCCGAGAAAUCGAUCCAGCUCAUCUAAAGAUUGAGGAGGUCAUCGGUGCCGCUCAGUUUGGGGAGGUGUCUCGUGGGCGUUAUCGUCCGCUGGGUCGUAAGGAGGUGCUGGUGGCGGUGAAGACUCUGCGCUGGGGGGUGACGGAGAGAGAGCGAGGGGUCUUCCUGAGUGAGGCGGGGGUCCUGGGGCAGUUCGACCACCCAAACGUGCUGAAGCUUGAGGGCGUGAUCACUCACAACCCGCCCGAGCGCAUCAUCACCGAGUUCAUGGAGAACGGGCCUCUGGACGCCUUCCUGAGGGAGAACGAGGAUCAGUUCAGUGUUCUGCAGUUGGUGGGGAUGGUGAGGGGGGUCGGAGCCGGUAUGCGCUAUCUUUCAGAAAGGAACUUUGUGCACAGGGACCUGGCGGCCCGGAACGUUCUGGUGAACUCAAACCUGGUCUGCAAAGUCUCAGACUUCGGUCUGUCGCGCCUCAUGAGGGGCCUGGACCACAACAUGCCCACCUACACUGCAUCACUGGGCAGUAAGAUUCCGGUGAGGUGGACGGCUCCAGAGGCUUUUCAGCACCGGAAGUUCAGCUCGGCUAGUGAUGUCUGGAGCUUUGGCAUCCUGAUGUGGGAGGUGAUGUCAUACGGGGAGAGGCCGUACUGGGACAUGAGUAACCAGGAGGUGAUGAAGGCAGUAGUGGAUCAGUAUCGUCUGCCUCCUCCUAACGGUUGCCCCCCUGCUCUUCACGCUUUAAUGCUGCAGUGUUGGCAGGCAGACAGGCAGGAUCGUCCUGGAUUCGACUCCCUGCUGUCCUCUCUGGAUCGACUCAUACGACACCCCGCCUCUCUGAAGGCGGAACACGCCCGCCCCACCCAGCCCCUGCUUAGCCCCACCCCCACAGACUUAUCGUCAGUGACGACAGUGAGCGAGUGGCUGACAGCGCUGAGGAUGGAUCGAUACAGGGACGAGUUUGAGCGCGCUCAGCUACUCAGCCUGGAGAGAGUGAGCUUACUAACUAUGGAGGAUGUUCAGGCGUUAGGAGUGAAUCUGAUUGGCCAUCAGAGGAAAAUAGUGAACGCAGCUCAGCAGCUCAGGACUCACCUCACGCAGGGACAGGUGGAGGUUUAACCCCCUGCCCUUAACUGUGGACACUACAGCUCUCAGGCGUCCCACCGUCCAGAGCCUAAUCCAGCCUACCCUGGAGCACAGUGCACACGCAGAAGAGGAGGACACACCGCUACCGAUUUGGGGUUAUUUAUUUCGUUUGUUUGUUUGCGCUGCCGUUCAUCUGCAUUCUCCUGACCCGUGUUUGUGUCUGUAGAGGAAUACUCCAGAGUUUAUCAGUGUAAUCUCUGUCAUCUGCCUCGGUAAUAAACGCUCGCUCACCACGGACAGCGUGUUCCCCUGUGGAACAGAAAGCCCAUUCACUUUUAAUAAAACUCACUUAUAAUAAUACAUGGGCAGUGCUGAGUUCUCUGAGUACACAAGUGAAAAUCAGAAAGCAGUUGCAUCCAAACCAAAGGUCAAGAAUCUGUUACAGUGAAUAUAUUAGAUAAAAUAAUGAUCUAUAUAUUUUUUUAUUUUAACCUUUUACAAUGUU